GGUCGUCGUCGUGGUGGCCGGGUGGCACGCCAGCAGCAGGUCGAGGAAGCGCGAGAGGGUGGACUCCGGGUCGCGCUUUCGUCGCAACUCUCGUUCUCCACCACUUCCUCCUCCUCCUCCUCCUCCUCCACCUCCUCCUCCUCCGUCGCCUCCGCCUUCGCUUCCUCUACCUCCUGCUUCCUCGCGUCGCGUUUCGAGAGAGGGUUAAAGUCGCUCUGCAACCUCUUUUUUUUCGGGGAAAGAGAAGAAAACGCGGCGCUCUCGCGACAGCGAUGAGUGCAACGCGAGUGCCACGCCGAUGCGACGCGAGUGCGGCGAGAUGGUGAUACGCACGCAUAUAUUUAUAUGCACGCGCUGAACAACGAAGAGGACGAUCUUUCGGACGCGACAACGGAAUAAAAUCUGUGCCACGUAGAUAGUGCGAGGGAGGCGAGAAGGCGCGAGAUAGCUCGACGACGACGACGACGACGACGACGACGACGUAUGACCCAGAUGUAUGGGAAACAAUCGCGAGCAAAAGCGACAAUAAUGACGACGCUAGAGAUAAGUGCGGAACGAAGCCGACAAUAAAUAUGUAAGACUGAUAUCGCGCGCCCGCGGAGGAAAGGAUAACACUGCCCAUGUAAAGAAGGAGAUAGCGACGUAUCGACGUAGCGUGCGCGCGAAAUAUCCUCUCCGUUGUAGCCGCGCGCGCGGGAGGAGACGCUCUCGUUUCUCUCCCGAGAAACUUCGCUCUCCCGCGAAGACGGGAGAGGAACUCUUCGAGGGCACCUGGCCCAUACUUCGAAUAUCGACUGGCAGUCCACGGGAGAGGAGGAGGAGGAGGAGGAGGAGGAGGAGAGGCGAUGGAAAGCGCGGGCAGCCCCACCGAUCGCGACUCUGCGAAGAAGAUCGCUCCCGCGAAGCAGCGACGCGCGAGUUCCUAAACGAAAGGAAAGUGGCCAACGAAGAUAUCAGGAAGAGAUGUCACUGAAUCACAAAUAUUACGUAACAACGAUACCGGACGAGGGCGAGGACAAUUUUAAAAUGCCCAGGGCUUCCGUGGUACACAUGACGUCGACGGCGACGAGGCCGCACCACAUGUCACAAGUACUGGCGACCCUGGCACUAUCUAUGGGAACUCUCUCCUCCGGAUUGGCCAAGGGUUACACCUCACCCGCGUUAGACUCUAUAUUGGAUAAUCAACCGCCCCACCUUUAUCAAUCAUCCAACAAUGACACGUGGUUGGCUUUUUCGGUUACGCAACAGGAAGCCUCGUGGGUCGCGUCGCUGUCUAUGCUGGGCGCGUGGUUCGGUGCCAUGAUCGGCGACUGGAUAAUGCGGAGAGGUCGUCGGUUGGCCUUACGCAUGACAUCCUUGCCCCUGGCAGCGGCCUGGGUCUUAACGGGUGUCGCGCCAUGCGUGGAAUUGGUGUACGUCACGAGUUUUAUCGGCGGACUCUGCUGUUCGGUCAUCACCAUGGUGGCACAGGUGUACAUAUCGGAAAUCUCGAUGCCGGGCAUCCGCGGGUGUUUGUCGGCGAUGCUGAAAGUGCUCGGUCACGUCGGCGUCUUGCUAUCGUACAUAGCCGGCACAUAUAUGAAUUGGCGGCAAAGCGCGCUACUAGUGGCCAUAGCGCCGUCGAUGCUCUUUCUGGGGACCCUCUUUAUACCCGAGACACCGUCGUACCUCGUGCUAAACGGCAAAGAUGACGAGGCCGCCAAUAGUUUGCAGUGGCUGCGCGGCGAACACGUCGAUAUAAGACACGAACUGCAGGUCAUCAAAACGAAUAUUCUGGCUUCGAGGGCUAAGCAGUACGAGCUGAGUUUCAAGAACAGCAUGUUUACACCAAGACUAUACAAGCCCAUCGCUAUCACGUGCGGUCUAAUGUUCUUCCAGCGAUUCUCUGGCGCGAAUGCAUUUAAUUACUACGCGGUACUCAUCUUUCGUCAGACCCUGGGCGGAAUGAAUCCUCACGGAGCGACCAUAGCGAUCGGAUUUGUACAGCUACUGGCCUCUUUACUGUCAGGAUUUUUGAUCGACAUAGUCGGCAGACUACCACUCUUGAUAGCCAGCACGGUGUUCAUGUCGCUGGCGCUCGCCGGUUUCGGCAGCUACGCGUAUUACGUGUCGCAAACGCAAAAUCCGGGUUACGUGGACUCGGCGGUGGUGGGCCAGCACGACUGGAUACCGCUACUCUGCGUACUCGUAUUCACGACCGCCCUCGCCCUGGGCAUAUCGCCAAUCUCUUGGCUAUUGAUUGGCGAACUAUUUCCGCUGGAGUACCGCGGCCUUGGCUCCAGCAUUAGCACGAGCUUCAGCUACUUUUGCGCGUUUUUCGGGAUCAAGCUCUUUAUGGACUUCCAGCAGAGCCUCGGUCUGCAUGGAGCAUUUUGGUUUUACGCCGCGGUGGCGGUCUGCGGACUAUGCUUCGUAGUCUGCUGCGUGCCUGAGACCAAGGGCAAGCAGCUGGACGAGAUGAAUCCGGAUUAUGCGCAGGCACGGUAGUAUAAGGCCUCGCUGACGGGGGGUC